AUGUCGUACUCGAUGCUCACCGCCAGCUUCCAGCCCGGAAACGGGACAUAUUAUUGCGUCUUUUUGGACGACCCAUCGGGGAUUAUCACUGCCGAGCUCGAUCCAGCGAGUUUUGAAGAAAAAAAGCCAAUACCAACAUGGUCAACGAUCGCGGAGACCGGAGAACGGACCGCGGUCGGGCAGACAAGCUCUACCCGGAAACUGACCGUCUCCCCGAUGCGAGUGCUCGAAAUUGCCGACGCAUGCGGGUUUGAGGUAAAAUCCAGUCCAUGGAGUCCAUCUAAAGACGGCACUGCGGCGUAUUACUCCAAAACUGAUUAUGUGGGGAAAACUAAGACCCUAGGUCAACCACAAGUCAUGCCGACGCACCACGCGCUGCUGGUCGCCAUCUACGACGAGCACUACGAGUCGAAGAAAACCUUCCUUUCCGACGAUCCAGACGAUAAGCUAUAUUACGCGAUGAAGGCAAAAGAUGCUGAGCUUGGGGGUCGACUUUACCUGAACGUCUCCCCGAUGAAGGCGCUGGCCCUCGCGACACAGGCUGGAUAUCAGAUCUCUGGGCCAACAAGAAUGGAGGACAAGGUGAUGUGUUGGCAGCUCACCCUAACCGCC